AUGAGUCUGGCUGUGGAUGCCGUGGGUCUAGCUACACACCUGCGGAGAGCAGAGGAAGCCGGGGACUCACCUCCAUAUGCCACCAGCGCCAUCUUGCAGGAGAUCAAUGCCAUCAGAGAGACCCUCAAUCGCCCGUCUCCGCAAGAGCAGGCUGCAUCAUUGCGCUGCAUCGGCACAUUCCUCGACUUUCUAAAGACCUACGUUGACAACCAGUCGACAACGGUCCCGGUUUCAGACAUGGCAAGACUGAGCGUCACUGCCAGCAACGCCGGCGCAUCCACAUAUUCCAUGUCCGGCUCGCCGAGCGUAAACGGCGACCAGUACGCGGCUCCGAUGCUUCUUCCGGUGGCACCGCACCCAGUCACCUUCCGGCACAUUGGAAAGAUCGUCAUGAACCUGGAAAAGGAGCCCGUCGAUAUCAGAUUCACCUCGGCCAGCGACCCGACGUCUUUCGCAGUGUCCAGUUUCUUCAAGGACAUUGGUAUUUUCGACGCCUCGACGGGCCAGCGAAGAAGGUCAAUCAAAGUCAAAGGUGUUCAUAUGGUGUUUUCGCCAAUGAGGAACUCGGUGGCUGUCACAACGGAACACUUGGACGACGGAACGCAUCGCAUUUCGAAAAUGAUACCUACAACGCAUGACAUGGUGCAUUUUGACAAACCGGUCUUGUAUGUCGUUGACUGGGUCAACGACAGCAGUCCGGGCGCGAGGCGAUUCAUGUUACAAUGGCAUGGCAUCCGACCCUAUUCAUUCAGCCCCGAUGGCCAACUCUUGGCGAUCAAGGGCGUGCGGAACCGGGUUGAGAUUGUCACCAGCGCGAGGGGCCAAGGGUACAGCGUCCUCCGCAGCCACACCGACGAGGUGACACACGCCGAGUUCACGGUGGACGGCGCCAGGCUCGUAACCAUGUCGCGAGACGGCACUCUGAGGGUGUCAAGCGUCGAGUCCGGACGUAAUAUCGCCAAAAUCGAGAUGGAACACUGGCGGAACCCUCUUCAGCUAGCAGUGUCCCCGACGGGUGUGAUUGCAACGAUCUGGGGCAGAGCGGUGACGAUCUGGGACUACGAGACCGGCGCCAUGAACAGCUACAACCUCGAGAUUGCCCGGGGCAGCGAGGGCGUCCCGUUGGCCAUCUCGCCUGAUUUGCGGUGGGUUGCGUAUCGAUCGGACGACGGGGCGGAUGUCACUGAUCUGGCGACGGGAAAAGUGGUCUACUCGGCAAGACUAGAAUCGGGUUUCGCAGUUUCGGCGGCGUUUUCGGGCAAUGGCAAGUACCUCGUCGUCGGUAGGUGCAUGAAUGGCCACCACGGCCGAACCGACUCUGGCAUCCUUAACGUGUGGGAGAUUCAGACGUAA